GUUGUCUCGAAGACGGGUGUUCCAGGCAACAUUGCCGUUCUUACGACACUUGGAGCAUCCGCGCGGGGCCGAGAUCCCGUUGGUGCUGGGCAAAGGGGCCUGGCUGGCCAUGAUAGCGUUCAUGAAGUUGGUGGAAAAGCCAGCCGCCACGACAUUGUUGGGCACAUGCUGCUGAAGACUCUGGCCAAAGGCCUGGCCGUGGGCCUGAGUUGGGUUAUGCUGCUGCAGCUGGGCGCUGGGGCCAUGGACAGGCGGGGUCGGAGCGUUGGUCAUGCGGUUCAGACUGGUGUCGCCAGACUGCUGCUGCUGCUGGUCGUGGAUGUCUUGGUGGUCCAUGAUGUGAGAUACUCAGGUAUGCGAGGGGAUGAUGAAGGUCGUGAGACUGAAGGACGAAUGAAGAUUUAUUGACCGAAGAACUGGACGACUGAAGAUCUGGACGGCUGAAGAGCUAGGCGGCUGAAGAGCUGGACGACCGAAGAACUGGGUGACUGAAGAACUGAGGUGGGUGAUAAUAAGGAACGGUCUGGCGACGUGCGAAAUGCAAACGUGACGAGCUCUGAAGGAUAUGAAAAGGCGACCGAAGCUGCUAUGAAUUCCGGCGGUCAGUAAUUUUGCUCCUCAAUAAUGUUAUGCGUCUCC